GAUGCUUCUAAGGAAUAUUUCACUGGCAAGUCUCUUGGAAAAGAAGGAUCAGUCGUAUGGGUGUUCGUCGUAAUGCUAAUUACGUUUUUAAGUGUUGUUACAUAUUUGAUCCUCUUUCAUAUGGGACGUAUUUGGGAAAAAAGGCGUGAAAUUUAUUUCAUCGGAUUUGACGCUAUAUUCUUCGUAUUAUGGAUCACCGAAGUCUUUGCGAAUCUAUAUUGGGCCUAUAAGGGGAGUAGAAGCCCAUGUUAUUAUUACACCCAUAUCUCACCCGCAUAUUAUGGGAAUACGAAAAUGAAUUCUGUCUGUGGGGCUUACAUUGCUUCAAACGUGUUUGGUUGGUUCCUUCUAAUAACCUUCAUAUUAGGAGCAGGGAUCUCCUAUAAGAUCCAUCUUGAUUCGAAGAAAGAGAAUUCUGGUGAUAAUAAUAUACAACAGGUUCAGCAAAACCAACAACAGCAGCAGCAAUAUAAUCAAUAUAAUCAACAACCACAAUACCAACAACCAUACCAACAAUCACAAUAUAAUCAACCACAAUAUAAUCAACCACAAUAUAAUCAGCCACAAUACAAUCAGCCACAGUAUAAUCAACCACAACAGUCACAACAAUAUA